UGCGCGGCGUUGCCCAGUGACGAGUUUCAGGAAGUGAAUACGUUCAUGUUUUGGUUUCUAUUUCGCGCCGGGUGUUUCCCAAGAAGGCGUAACAUUUCCUGAAAAACGAUAAAGUGUUAAUUUGGACAUCUUAUUCUAUGAAACACUCAACUGAAGACAAACGACUUGGGGUCCCUUCGGAGGGCGGUGUACACUCUAGCAUUUCUCAUGGCGCCACCAAAAAAGAAGGGGUUGCCAAAACCUCUUCCAGAGGGCUUCAUACUAGCUGAUACUGAAAAGAAGAAAUGGAAGCUGGGUAAAAUAAUCGGUCAAGGUGGCUUUGGACUGAUCUAUCUAGCCUCCCGGGAUGUGGGUGGACCUGUAGCAGCAGACACUGGCUUUGUCAUUAAAGUGGAGUACCUGGAGAAUGGCCCCCUGUUCUCGGAGCUCAAGUUCUAUCAGAGGGCAGCCAAACCAGAGAGCAUUGAAAAAUGGAAGAGAAGUAGGAAACUGGAUUUCCUUGGCAUCCCAACAUACUGGGGAUUUGGGCUCACUGAAUAUAAUGACCUCAGGUAUCGUUUCAUGGCCAUGGACCGACUGGGCAGUGACCUUCAGAAAGUCUGCGAGCACAGUGGAGGUCAACUGAAAAAGGCCACCGUGCUCCAACUUGGUCAAAGACUGGUUGAUGUAUUGGAGUAUAUUCAUGAGAAUGAAUAUGUCCAUGCAGACAUUAAAGCUGCCAACCUCAUGCUGGGUUACAAAGAUCAUGAACUGGUCUACCUAGCAGACUAUGGGCUGUCCUAUAGAUACUGUCCUGAUGGAAUCCACAAAGAAUACAAGGAAAACCCCAAGAAAGGCCAUAACGGAACCAUCGAGUACACCAGUGUUGAUGCCCACAAAGGAGUUGCUCCAUCCAGACGUAGUGACCUCCAGAUUUUGGGUUUCUGUCUCCUUCACUGGUUAUGUGGGACUCUGCCCUGGGAUAGGGUUCUCAAUAACCCAGUUCAGGUCCAAGAGGCCAAGGUCAGACUGAUGGAUAAUCUACCAGACUCAGUCCUGCAUCUGUCAGUGAGCGGAGCCAGCACAGAUGAGCUGGCUGAAUUCCUCCUUUAUGUGAAAACAAUGGGCUACCAAGAUAAGCCAGACUACCAGUAUCUCAAAGUGCUAUUGGCCAGCACUGUCACAGGGAGGCUUGACUUCUCUGCACCUCAAGGACCUGCAGAGGCGUCAGCCACCAAAGUACAAGAUCCCCAAACAAAGGAGAAGCAUAAACCAGGACGAGCCAGAGGGAAGCCCAAAGCCAAGGCUGUGCCCAGAGAGGAGGAUGAUGAACAAGAAAAGGAAAUGAAGUCUAAACCAGUGCUGCCUCGCUACAUAAGAGGACCACCCAUCACUAAACCCCAGACACAACAGGAGGAAAGAGUUUCGCCUGUUGCUACAAGAUCACUGAGGCCGAGGCCUGGGCAUAUAAAUUAUGAAGAAGAUGACAGUGAAGAUGAGGGCAGUGAAGAUGAUGAUGAAGAAGAGCAGUGGGAGUCCAGGGCCAGACCCAUUCCUGCAUGCAAUUUGAGACGCCCUCCAAUAGGCUCCAGGGCUCAAGCUAAACAGAGACUAUCAACAUCGAGUGGCAGGAAAUCAGACGACCUCAUUGUGACUGCCGAAAGACGGGAAGGACGACAGAAAAAACAUAGAGAGACAAACAACACACACACGGCGUACGGGGAUAGAUGGGAGGAUAGAUGCUAUGGUGACUGGGAAGGGUCUGCUCACAGAGGUCCUCAACAGAAAGCUGGUCCCACACAGGCGAAUGGACUGUUCUCCUGGUUUGUCACAGCGGGCCUCUCCCUUUUCCUUGGUGCUGUUCUCAGUGUUGGAGUUAGUGCAUGGAAAGGUCCCAUAUUGUAGAACAUUUAAUUUACACAUCUUUAUGCACACUUUCCAUAUUCAGAAACUGUGCCUUCAGGUCAGCUGUCAGGAUUUGUAUGGUUUUGAUGUCACAACUAUACAGUCACCACCCUCACAGAGGAAAAUGGUUGCCCUGUGAAUAUGGUCUGACAUCACACUCAGAGUGGGGAGCUCAAAUGUUGUACAGUUGUUCCAGGUAGUAGGACAACACGACAAAUUAUUGAUUAGCAACUGAAAUAAACAAUAGGUGGGAAUCCAGAGGGACUUUGGUUUAUAUUUCCAGGGUUAAUAAUAAUAUUUGAUAACCCUGGAGCUUCUGUUACACAACAACUAACGUCUAAAAUUUCACACACAUCUGGAGCAGAUAUGUUUGAGCCAGGAACGGUUAGCUAGGAAGUAGUUGAAUGCUAACGUUAGCCAAAGGGUUAUCAAAUGUUUUUUGUUUACCUUGAAAUAUGGCCCGAUAUCCUCCAGAUUUCCACUACCCUCAUCCAUGCAGUGGCUGAUGAAUCAGGAAAUAGUCAAAUAACAAUUUUUCAGAUGCUCCAUAUUUACAAGACGUGUAACAUCCCAGCAAACAAGCCUCUCACCCUGAGCAUGCUGUCAGAGAAAGAUAUCAUGUGACUAUGGUCUAUGCCUCCAGCAUGGCUCAUGCAGACACAGGAUGAUCAGGCCUGUGAGGGCUGACCAAUCAGAGAAGACCAGACUUUUUGUAGUAAGGCCUUAAAGAAACAGGCGCUAAAACAAAGCAUUCAGACAGCAUUCAGGGUAUUUUCAACAUUUGAGCAUGUAAACAAUUUGAGUAGACAACCAAAAUAAAACAGAAUAUGGGCCGUUUAAACCUUUUAGAACAAAAAACAGAUGUUUGAGUAAAUAAGGGACCCACGAGGUUAACAUAGUCUUUUGAGGCCGUUCCCCAUUGUAGAGACAGGAGAUCACAGGAGCACAAAACCACUUCUCAGGACUUCUGGGCUGCCAUUUUCACAGUAAUGGGCUGAAAUAAAAGGAGUUUGUUCUGCUUAUUAAAUGUUCAAUAUAGUUACCAUUUAAUGUUGUAUGAAGGCUCACUUUGUGAAAAAAUAAAGUAGACUCGUUUCUUA